CGCGGCUGAGCUGUAGUCGCGCAGCAGCCGUCGCGAGUGACAGUCGAACGAUCCGCAACCAUGGUUUACGAGAGUGACUUCUACACGACCCGCCGCCCCUACCGGCCGUCCAACUACAGUGUCACGCCGCUGACGUCGGUGUACUACCUUUCAUCAAUACCGCCUUAUAUACCUUACUACUACCACUACAAUCUUCCAAACAUCACUUAUAUACCCAAGUUGUCACAGGCGGAACUUAUCUACCGUCCGACCGCUCGCACGGUUACCCGACUCGUCACGUACCCGGAGGCACCACACCACAUCGUGAGAGUACGCGUGCGUCCAUCCGUAAUCGUACGCGAGUUGGAUCGCAUUGCGUACAGAACACGUCCUACGCUCACUUCAUCAGCCGUCGAAGACUUUUAUCGUUCUGAAGCCACUAAGGUACAUAGAUUUAGACCCAAAGCAGCGACCCCAAAGUCAAUCCUCCCGGCGUGGAAUUGCCCACACUGUCCCAAGGGCUCGUACUACGUCGAUAUGGUUCAAUGGAUGCUCGCGUUUGAAGAUGAAACUCGUCGUAUACGCGCCGACACCGCCGCUCUAAUCCAGCGAGCACGUUCUGUGGUGCCUCGCGCCAAAUCUGUGCUGCCUCUCGAUACCAUAUAUUCUUAUAGUUAUGGUGAACCAGUGCCAUACCGCUUCAGCAAUGACGCAUAUGUGGCCAAGUUGUUGGUACCACUGCGCACCGUCGCUGAUACCAUCAAGAGCAUGUCUUACUACAGCGAACCUGCUAAGAAGUUCACCGGACGUGGCCACCUCGCUUGCGUGCACUACACCGGUAACAAAGCCUUCUCCAAUCGUCGGCCUCUCUACAAGGAGCUCAGCAUCAGGGACGACGUCAACCUGCUCUCGUUUUACGCGAAGAACCGGCUCGCGGCCGCUGGACUGGCCGUCGAGAAGGUCACAGUGGCAUUGCUGCCAUGGAGGCCUAGCCGCAAGUUCCAGCCGCCACAAUUGAUGGAAGACCCCAGCGAAGAACUUAAGGCGGCCAAAGCAGAGAGGGCGGCAAGAUUCAAUGCGACCACUACUGCGCCUGUCCUGACUCCAUCUGUGGACUUGGCUGAGAUCAAGAGGAAGAGGCAAGAGGAAAUGCGCGCUGUCGAAGAAAAAGCACUCAAAGAAGAGGCUAAGAAAGAAGCAGAACGCAGGGCUCAAGCCGAUCGUGAGGCUGCGGAAAAGAAGAGGGCGGAAGAGGAAGCUCGCAAAGCUGAAGAAGCAAAACGUAAGGCUGAGGAAGAGGCAAAAAGAGCUGAAGAAGCCCGGUUGGCUGAAGAAGCCCGUUUGGCUGAAGAAGCUCGCUUAGCCGAAGAAGAGAAGAAGGCUAAAGAGGCUCAGUUAGCAGAAGAAGCCAGACUGGCUGAGGAAAAACGCAUAGCUGAAGAAGAAGCCAAAAAAGCAGAAGAAGCUAGGCUCGCGGAAGAAGCUAGGCUGGCAGAAGAAGCUCGAUUGGCUGAGGAGGCUAGACUAGCGGAAGAGGAGAGGCAGGCUGAACAGAGGAGACAAGAAGAGCUCGCACGGUUGGAAGAACUUGAAAAGCAGGCACAGGAAGAACGUGAAGCUGAACUUGCACGACAGGCCGCGGAAUUGGCUGAAAUUGCAAGACAAGAAUCAGAAUUGGCCGCUGCCCGUCUCGAAGAGUUAUCCAGGAGCGAAUCCGCCGCUGAAGUUGAAUCUAACGAGGCACCUGCAGAGGAACCCCAACCCAUUGUAGAAGAGCCUGAGACACCAGAAGCGCCAUCAGACGACGUACCCGCGGGAGAUGCCAGCGAAGAUGAAAAAGCAGAACCAGACGUCACAGACGAAGAAUAAGCAAAAAUAUAAAUAUUGUGAACAUGGGACACACUUUUCUAGUUACUCAUAUGCAUUUGUGGUCUAAAGAGUUAUUACAACUGCGCUAAACGUCUUUCAUGUAUUGUUUGUAAACUUGAUGUUGUGAUAAGAUAAAAUUUUCUACUAUACAUUUUUUGAUGUGCCUGUUCCUCGAAGUUGGUUCAGCAUAAAUAUAAAUUGCAAAAUAUUUUCCUUGGCCCAAAAUUAUAUAUUUAAUAAAUUUAAUUAUACAUUAUACAUCUAAAAUAUAUUCUAAAAUACAAGAGUUAAUAAAUUAAAAUUGUGGAUGCAAUUGGACUGCUAAGACAAACUGCAAGUUACAAGUGAAUUUCAUUAGGCUAUAUUUAUAAAAGGACGACAACUUUUCAACGACAACGUUCAUGUUCAAGAAAACAUCAAGU